CACACAGAGAGUCAACAUGCCAUCAACUACAUCACCGAAGGAUGCAUGAUCCCUCCAUUUAAUAAUCAUAUCUAUUUCGACUUCGAUCAAGUUAUCUUCGGUCGCCUAAAAACAAGUUAUGGUCAAUUUCGUUGGUUCACCAUUGGUGAAAAGGAAAUCGCCAACGGCAACCCAGGUCUCCUGCUCAUGAGAACUGUUUAGGUUGUUUAGCUGGUUUGUUAUGACAUUCAUACAUUCCUUCAAGUUUGUUAUCAUCUAAAUCAUGUGCUUUGCAGGAAGAACUCUUGGUUAAUGGUGUGUUUGCACACAGACUCUAGAUCGGCAGUGGAAUACCAGUGGAACGCCAGCAUACCCAACACCUUGGUACCAUUUCAAAAUGUGACAGAUUUACAGAUGAGUCUCAUUCUAAUCUGAGUCAUUUUUGCAAUUGAAUAUGAACGGGUUAAGACACUCAUAAGCAAAUUUAUAGGAGAUCAUGUUAAACCUGAAGGUUGGCUCAAUAAUAGCUCUACAUAAGACUGCAGCAAGGAGUAGCUUUUUUAACUUACAAUGUACAUAAUUUCAAUCACUAAGUUGUUGAUUUAUGACAAAGCUUAACAACCAUGGAUACUAGGAAGAGAGACUGGAAGGAAGAGAAAGUGUGAUCUGCUGGUUCAUGGAGAACACAAGUAGAUGUACCAUUCUCUAUUUUUGUGACUUUUCAACUUUCAGAUAAUAUAACCCAGGAUAUGUGUAAUGAGUGAUGCGAUGAUAUAGGACACCGGUUGGCCUAAUUACAUCAGUUGUCUCUGGAGUCAGACACAGCAUGUUUGGAGAGGAGAACUAGAGAAAGAUGGAGAAAACUGCACUGGAGUUCUUGGCUCUGAGCGUAUUCUUGCUGUUUCUACGAGGCACCUUUGCGGCCAAUCAUGAGAGGACAUGCCGUAAUCAUAUCAUUGACUGUGGCGAGCAGGUCAUAUCCUUCAAGGAGACACCUAUUGCUCGCACGCUGCCAGAUGAAUGUCAGAAUGAGGCUGGGUGCCGUAACGAGGUGGGAUGUCAGCCAACACAGAACUGCACGAGCUUGAGACCCGUGGAGAUAUUCAUGGAGGACUGUAGCUGUAAGUCAAGGUGUCGCGUGAAGAAGCUCCAAGGACAUGAGAACUGUUACUACUUUGAUGUCAUCUAUGAAUGUGUUGACGCAUGCAACACUUGGCUCCUCCCAGUGAUAAUUGCCUCGAGUGUGGCAGCAGUGAUUCUACUGGUCAUCAUCAUCAUCUGCAUCAUUAGAAGGCGGCAGAAACAACGUCGGAAGUCUACAUUGAUUGGUCCGGAGUAUCUUCAGAGAGCCCACGAGAUGCACCAGCUUCGUAACGAGAAACCAAGCAACCCAAACAGCAAUCAAAAGACUAACGUGUCUGAGAUGAACGCAGGAGAUGUUGAUGCUGCUGAUCCAAGCAACACCCAAGAUGGGCAGAACACGUGUCAUCUGCGACCAGGUAGUGCCAGGAGCAGCGGAAAGCCGUGUAGUCUCACAGACUGUUGUAGUGUGAAUGAAGCGUUGACCUCCUCAGGUCAAAGAGCUUCUCUUGAUUCACGUAACAGCUCCAAUCUUAACACCAGCGGCGAAUACGUUAUGGUGGAAAAUAACUCUUUGAAAAUUUACGUCACUAAUGACGACGGGAAGUUGACAAUCCCACGGACAAAACUGAACAAGAAUCCAGGUACAGUGUUAGAAGGAGUUGAUAUACCAGCUCUCUAUCACCACAAUACAACACCUACGGAGGCAGACUGUGGCGAUUACGAUAACAUGAUGUUCGGCAAUUGUGGCGAUCAGGAAAGCAAUCAGAGUGAGGCUCCGACAUCUUGGCAGACGCAUUUGAAUAAAAGUGAACCCGAGGUUUUAUGUGACGAUGUGUACGACAAUGUGCAAUAUGAGGAGAACCAUGGUCACCUCGUUACUGGUUUAGGAAGAGAGGAGCUGAUGUCACAGUUCCCAGUCGAACCAGACGAUGGGAUGGGCAAUCGCCAACCUCAAUGCCACAAUCUCACCAAUGCAGAUUUCGGUCUUUUGUAUGACAAUGUUGAAUUCAGUGAGGGAUGUGGUAAUAUUGUAGACAAUGGUUCUGAGGCUAGUAAUCAGGGGGAGUGUAACCUUGAUUAUGAUAACGUUGACUUCAAUGAAGGUCACGGGGAAGUGGUGGAGGUUGUUGAGAAAGGCAUUGUGCGUCUGCAGAGUCGAAGUCUGCCAGUCAUCUAUGAAUAUGAUGAAGGAAUCUCUAUGGAGAAUGAUGAGUAUGAUUAUGUGGAUGAAGGUCAAGGACAAGAUGAAGCAAUGACCUUGAGAGAAGCAGAUGCUGUUAACAAUGGUGCUAAUCAGGUCGUGAACAAUGAAAACAAUCAUGGCAUUCCUCUCCCUCAAGGUCAGAGAAAGGUCCUCCAAGGUCACGAGGAAUCAUCUGUCCAAUCUCCUGCUCAAGGUUUAUCAAAUCUAGGUCAAGGUCAUUCUGAUUUUGAAAAUAUGGUUAACAAACUGAUUCUCGAUCAGGAAGCAGACGCCAGCAGAGAAAAUAACAAACAGGACUUGUAUGAAUCUCUUCAGCACAGCAGCUUUCAGAAACCAGUUGACUACGGGAUGAAACUGAACAUGCUCCAUCAUCAGGCAGACGGUAGACCUAGGGUCAGAGGUCAAGGUCAUAUCAGUCCACCUGUCUCUGAGCAGACGCCAUUGAGUGGUGUUAUUGACAAAGAUGUUUAUCCUUCAAGCUGUGAUUAUUCUCAAAGCAGUAUUCACGAUGAGGGUGAUUACUUGGAACCAAUACCUUAUCGAAGGCCGACAGAUAAUGACCUUAGUCAAGGUCAAGGAGCACAAGGCUACUUCCCUUCUGGCAAUAGUAAUGACAAAGAUAUAUUCCAAAGUGAUGAAUACUACUGAACUACAAUGUAAACAGGUAUUUCAUACAAUCAGGGAACAUAACAAACAACUGCCAGACCACGUCAUAAAUCGACGACAGAUUGAAAGUGCCCGGCUAAUCAGGGGACAAUACCAAGUAAUCCACCGAAUCAUUUCAGGUUGAUUCAAGUGCCAGGCUAAUCAGGGGACAAUACCAAGUAAUCCACCGAAUCAUUUCAGGUUGAUUCAAGUGCCAGGCUAAUCAGGGGACAAUACCAAGUAAUCCACCGAAUCAUUUCAGGUUGAUUCAAGGUUGGACACACUCCAUGCAGGGAAGAGUGAGAUCAAUGAGCCAAUCACAAUACAAUGGGCAUUCAAUCACAAGCACCUUCCUACCCCCAGCUGACAAUCACUCCAUUGUUGGUAAUCCCACAACAUAGCCCAAUACAUCAGAGAGGUAAUGGAGUAAUGUCCUUGGCUUGAACAGUGAACUGACCUCACUUUGCCCUGCAUGGACUCACAUACUUGAAAACAAACUGUGGUGAGACUGGAGCCUUUUAUGUUAUGUAAAAUUACCACCUUUUGAGAAAGGUUUUGUUUUUAUCUUUGACUGAGCUGAAACUGAUUGAAACAGUCUGCAUGCUUUUAUAGAUAAUAA